AUGGCCUUGAAUCACCAACAAUAUGGGCCUAGAGAUGCAAGAGCUGUGCAAGAACUAGGACUCUCAACUGCACAUGCUAAGAGAAUAAAUUCUUUGGAAACCAAGGUGGAUUCUCUCGAAUCCAAGAUCACAUCUCACCUCUCUUUAGUCACUGUUGAAUUGAAGAAUUUGAGUGUUCAAAGGACUUCUUCCACUUCUAAAGCUUUAGUUGCUCCAAGCUGUGACACUUGUGGAUCUAUUAUGCAUCUCAGCAGCUUAUGCCCUAACACUCCUGAAGAGGUAUCUGCUGUCUUUCAAGGGAGACCAAACCAUGAUCUAAAAUGGAAUCCCUACUCUAACACCUACAAUGAAGGAUGGAAGGCUAAUCCAAAUUUCAGAUGGAGCAAUGGGGACAACAAUAAUAACUUCAAGGGGAGUACUUCUAGAGCCAUGGUUCCUCAAGAGCAAUAUUCUAGAGAUGAUGAUAAGCUUGGUCAAAUUCUCAAAGGCAUUCAAGUGAUGAAUGAUAAUAUCUCAAAGAAUGAAGUUAGAUCUGAAGCAAGAUUUGCCUCUAUUGAAAGUAAGAUGGAGCAAACGAAAACUAGGACCAACAACCUCAGUUCUUAUGUCACUCAAUUAUCUAAUAAUAUAAGUGACCAACAAGCUAAGAAUUUAGGAACUAUGCCUUCCAACACUGUCAUUAAUCCUAAGUCUGUGAAUGCCAUAUGUCUACGAAGUGGAAAGAAAGUUGGACCUAUUCAAGACUUAAGUGAUGAUGAAGAGGUAGAUGAAGAGAUUGAGGUUGAAAAUCCACCCAAGAGGUCUGAAAGCUCUAAAGAAAUGAAGCUACUUAAAAAGGAGUCCACUAAAGAGCACGAAAGCAAGGAGAGCAAGAAGCAACCAGAGAAAAGCACUCAUGGAACCUUAAGCAAUGAGGGUAAGGAGGAGUUGCUUGAGACAUUUAGAAAAGUUGAAGUUAAUAUACCCUUGCUUGAACUGAUUAAGAAGAUCCCUAAGUAUGCUAAAUUUUUGAAAGAGUUGUGCACAAAUAAGAGGAAGUUUAAACCUAAUGAAAGAGUUCAAUUACCCUCAAGUGUGUCUGCCUUGUUUAAACCACAACUCCCAAUUAAGUGUCAAGAUCCCGGUUCCUUUACUAUACAUUGUACUGUGGGUAAACACUUCAAUGGAAAAGCCCUAUGCGAUUUGGGAGCAAGUGUUAACCUGAUGCCUCUAGCUGUAUUCAAUCGAUUAAAUUUGGGUGAAACAAGGCCAACAACUGUUACAUUGCUCUUUGCUGACAAAAGUAUCUCAUAUCCAAAAGGGAUUGUAGAAGAUGUCUUGGUGAAGGUAGAUAAAUUCAUAUUCCCAGCUGAUUUCAUUGUAUUAGACUGUGAGGUAGAUUGGAAUAUCCCCAUUAUUUUGGGACAGCCAUUCUUAGCUACCGCAAGAACCCUUAUUGACGUAGAAAAGGGUGAGAUCACCAUGCGAGUAAAUGGUGAGAAGGUGAUAUUCAACAUGAAUCAAGCCUUGAAGUUUCCAGAUGAUUCUGCUCACUGUAAUUGUAUCGAUGUGAUUGAUUCUAUAGUGCAAGAGGAGUUGAUUAACUCUUUGACCAAAGACCCAUUAGAAGCAUUGUUGAUUGGAGAAACAAGUAGUAUUGAUGGCAAGGUUGAAGCCUAUACAGAAGUGAUGAGUAUUGAAGCAUUUCCGUAUCGAAAAGCUAAGACUUUUGAGCCUCUGGAUGUGACUAGUGCUUUAAGCUCUCCUCUAAAGCCUUCUGUGGAUGAACCGCCAGUGUUAGAGUUGAAGACUUUACCAUCACAUCUCAAGUAUGCCUACUUGGGUAAUUCUACUACUCUACUUGUGAUCGUUUCUUUUAAGUUGUCCAUGUUGCAAGAAGAGAAACUGUUAAGGGUCUUGAGACACCACAAGAAAGCUAUUGGGUGGUCCAUAGCUGACAUCAAAGGGAUCAGCCCUUCUAUUUGUAUGCACAAGAUUUUAUUAGAGGAUGGUCACAGACCUUCCAUUGAGCAUUAA